AUGAGCGAACAACAAAAAUUUAACGUUAAAAAUGAAUUAACAAACCUCGAACGUGAGGCUAUGUUCCAAGUUGCGCGAUUCCUCCAAAAAUUCCCGCAAACACAAAGGGCACAUCAGGCCUUGGUAAAAGAUCUGACAGACCAUCCAGAGUUGCUUCCCCUUAGAACUGAUUUCGAAGGAAAUACUCACUUGCAAACCUACGAUGAGCUGGUCCGUUUACCAUGUCGCCCGUUAAACGUCGGCAAAAUAAGAGAAAAUUUAUACCAGUCCGAAACGUCAAAAUGUCCGGAAAUUGAUGCUCGACGGGCAAAGCUAGGCCUAGCACAGCAUGCGCCAUCAAGAUUGCUUGCUGGCCUUGUUGAUCAAAAUCCUGCCGCUGCUGUCGUCUCCCGAGAACUAGGUGGAGGUAGGAUUAAGAGCUCGCAACCCAUAAGGGUCAUAUAUAACGAUUAUAAGCAGGGACAUAGGUCAGUGAUUUCCGACAUGGCCAUCAGCAAAGAUGGUUACCUAUUAGCAACGGCGUCGGAGGAUACUACAGUUUUGGUUUGGGACCUGGAGAAAUAUCAAGUCGUUAAUUGUUUGAGAAUGGAUGACGCGGUCACAUCCAUUGCGUUUUCUCCAAGUCCGUUGAUCGAGAACAGGUAUAUUGUUACCACUUCCGAUAACUGGUACACGUGGAUCGCAAAAUAUGAACGAAUCCAAGGCACUACUUCCUUUGGCGAGUUAAAUAAGAUCAAGCCCAUUAACGCUGUCGGCAGAGUACGAAUGAAGUGUUCUGCAUUCAAUCACACUGGUUCGCUUUUCGCCGUCUCAGGGACAGACGGUUUAAUUCGAGUCUUCUCAACGAUCGCCCUUGAAGAUUGUAAGGUUACCGAAGAGAAAAAAGAAGGGAGCGGUGAUACCAAUGUUUUAGAAAGCGGUGAAAAAGGGAGAUCAGAUGAAGAUGAAGAAGAAAUCGACAUUCUAGACGUUGAGAAAUCAUUAUUUACUGGCUCUCCCAGAUAUACCGAGUCAAAUAUCAUCGAAUCUCCUAUAAAUGUCGGAUCUACAAAGAUUUCAGCCUCACCGAUAAUACCUUAUGAUCCAAGUUCACCAUUACAUAAUAAUACUGCAGACAUUGACAGUGAUGAGGAUGCAUAUAGUGUUGGCAGUAGUUUCAGUUUUGGUCCGAUGUCACCACCAUCUAAUGAACAACAAAGCAACAUACCGUCACAAAACAUUGUUAUUUCGCAGGCUCAUACACCAGAUCGUUCUCAAGUUCGCUCUCAGGCGCUUCAACCCAUUCAGACCAAAACACAGAUAGAAGAAAAGAGGCGUUCAGUAAAAAAAGCGGAGAAGGAUAAUAAAAGUUCUACUAAUCAUGAGAUUUCGAAUCCGAAUGCGGGACAAACCGAUAAAAAAGACAAUAAAAAGAAUGACGUUUCCAAAUUAUUCGGUCCUUUUCAUAUAUCAGAUUUGGAUGGUCACUUCAGGACUGUGAACAGUCUUGAAUUUGCUCAUGGAGAUAAUCGUCUUUUAUCAGGAUCUGAUGAUGGUACUGCCCGUAUUUGGAGAUACAAUUAUUUAAAACAACAAUGGACUUCCAUUACAUUGGUCGUCUCUGAUAAGGCACCAGAAUCUGAUUGCAGAGUCACCGCAAUGCGCUGGAGUGCUGAUGAUGCACUUGUUGUACUUGGCGACAAUAAAGGAAAUAUCCGAGUAUAUGAUUCUCAAAAUGGUGAACUCAAGAUUGAAAUUCAUGCUCAUUCAAACGAUCUCUAUGUACUGGAUAUACAUCCUCAUGAUUGGCGUACCAUAAUGUCCGCAGGAUAUGAUGGCAAGAUAUCGAUGUGGGAUAUACAAGAUGGCAGAAAUGUCAAAACAUGGGAUCGUUCGAGUUUAAAUUUUAUCGAUGAAAAUUUAGAUCUCAAGUUCCAUGAUGGCAAAUUCAGAGAUGAUGGCAAGUAA